CAGUGAUUCGUUUUCCUUUUUAAUUUGUUCCAGGAGGAUACAUGAGAAGCAGUGCUGGUGUCAUCGCUGAAUCCAUCUCGAAUUUACACUCGAAAAAGCUCAUCGACUUGGCCGGUGUGAAUUAAACAAGAGCCUCUUUCUUUCCAGCGGGGUGAAAGAGAUGUCGAACCCGGGACCCCCUAAACGCAUAUUCGAGAGAGUGAUGUAGGGCGACCAUUUCUAGCAAGCCAUGCCAGGCCAUGGAGGCGCGAUAUUCUUCUCUAAGGCUGGGAGAGGCUCUUAACAGGAGGUGCGACUAUGCCCGAGCUUGCAAGGAGCUUGCCGUGCUGCUCAAACAGGCUUAUGGAAUUGCCCCCAAGUCUCUCCAGGCGGCUCUCUUCCAGGAUCUUCUCGCCGCGUUUCGCAUCCUCCAGGAUCAUCCAUGGUGCUCGGCUGGUGAUUUCUCCGCUGCCAGUGCUUUGCUCCAAGCUUCUGACUCCGUCUUGCCGAAGCACAAGAAGGGCUUGGCGGCUGGGGAGUUUAGAAAGGCUGCCAUUUCCUUGCAAAGGAGCUCCAAGAAUCAAAGCGAGCUAGACGAAUCCUGCCAGCUUCCGGUGGAUGUUCUUGUUCACGUUUUCAGCUUCCUGGAUCCCAUAUCACUGGCUACUGCUGGCUGCGUAUGCAGGUCUUGGAAUUCAGAGUACAAAGACGCAAACCUCUGGCAGAAGCUUUUCACGGUUGUUCUUGAGAACACGAGUUUUGAUCCUACUAGAGUUUUGCAGCUCGCUGGUUUUGAGCUGGGUGAUGAUGAUUCCAGUACUCCUCUGAGAGUCAAGGAUGUUUCGAUCCAAAAAAUAGGCUGCUGGAAGAAGGCUUUCGAGAUCGCAGUUCUCCGUUCGCCAAAGCUUUUGUAUCUCUUCACAAGGGCCCAGUGCUUGACUUGCAAGGCAACGUUUUGGUCAUCGGAGCUUUGCUUGCAAACAUUUGCCAACCAGUGCAGCAAGAAAAACUUCCAGGAGCACAAGCUGAGGCCACUGUUGCUAGAACAGGUUGUCAGCUUUGUUCUCAUGGGAUCAAGACAAGCUUACAACACCAAAAAGGACAGUGAUUCAGACGAAGACCAGUAUCUUCCUUACGCGAAGUUGUGGGAGUAUGCAAAGUGGUUGAGAUAGCCGUUUUUUAUUUUUGUUAGUAAUCAAGUUCACCAUUGUGACCGGUGGCAAACAAGGCGCCCUUCUUCAUAUCAUCAAGACGAGGAAAUCAUCUUUAGAUUGAAUGGAGAGGUGGAAUCACUGGGCCGACCUCUCAAGAAACUUGUCGAUCUAAUGGGUCCCUAGUGUGUGUGAUUUUUUGAAGUUGAAAACAUUAUUAAUAAUCAAAUGAAUUAACAACAAUUUAGUUU